UUAAUGUGUGUAUAUAUAUAUAUAUACACAAAGCUUUGCAGUAAAAAUCGUUCCUUUGCGAAAUUCUCCUCUUUCUUUCUUUCUUUCGAAGCGUUUCUGAUUUGGGGGGGAUCAAAGCGGCGGCGAACAAGAAGAAGAGAGAUUCGUUUCUAGACAAUCAUGGUGGAGACAAGACGCAGCUCAUCCGCUUCAAAGCGGAACUCUCCUCCCGAGUCUUCAUCCUCACGCCCUACCAAACGAUCCAAGGCGACGGCGGCGGAACCGGCGGGGUCUUCGUCGGCGAGUGACGCUCCGAUUGAGAAUAAUCAGAACCCUGUUUCGGUUCCUGGAUCCGAAUCUGGAGAGCCUUCGAAGCUGGGAACUAAUGAUCCAGUUAUUGCAAACGAUGCGAGCUGUCCUGAUGCCGACACUAACCAGCAAGUCCAAGGCUUGGUGACGCCAACACCCACAGGUGAAGUUGUGGCUGAAGCUGACAAGUCUAAGAAAGCUGAGAAGCUGUGGCUGAAGCGGACUAAGGCUCCUUGGGCGAAGCUUAUUUCUCAGUAUCCACAGAACCCUCAUCGUGUCAUGAAAGGCCCUGUGUUUACUGUUGGACGGCGAGGAUGCGAUUUAUCUAUCAAGUAUCAGUCCAUGCCCAACGUUCUAUGUGAACUGAGGCAGAUGGAGCAGCAGGCAGGUCCUUCAGUUGCUUCGUUGGAGAUAAUAGGGAAGGGGGUUCUUGUUGAGGUCAAUGGCAAGAUUUACCAAAAGAGUACUUGUGUUCAUCUGCGGGGUGGUGACGAGGUUAUCUUCAACACCCCUGUGAAGCAUGCUUAUAUCUUUCAGCCUCUGAAAGAUGAAAAUCUAGCUGCACCAGACAGAGCUUCUUCAGUGAGCAUUUUCGAAGCGCAGAGUACUGCCCCUCUGAAAGGGCUUCAUGUUGAGACAAGAGCAGGAGACUCUUCAUCAUGUUCUCUAUUGGCGUCUUUAAGAAAGAUACACAAUCUCCCUUUUCUACCACCUCCUGCUAAAAACGGCAAAAAGCAGCAAAAUCCAGAGGUUUCUGUGCUGCCUUCUAGCUCUGAUGAUUGCAUUCCGGAUGUUGAUAUGAAUGAUGCGGAUAGUAGCAAUGAUCAUGCUGCGAUUGCUUCGGCGGAUAAAUCAGUUGUCUCACCCUCUUUAACUGCCAACGAUGACCUGAAUGCUGAUGGAAACGGAAUGGAUCCAUCUCAAGAAACUGAAGAAGGUGUAAGUAUUCCUGGUCCUGGAUAUGAAAUUAGACCAAUUUUGCGCCUACUUGAUUUAAGGGGUAACGUUUCCAAAAUACUGAAGGAUGAUGGAAGGGAAGUGAAGGAAGUGCCGAAAGAGUGUGGCAGUUCAUCAGCGUCGGUAGCUACCAGACGUCAAGCACAUAAGGAUUUUCUGCGAGCAGGAGUACUCAAUCCUCAGGACAUAGAAGUUUCUUUUGAGAACUUCCCAUACUUUUUAAGUGGCACAACUAAGGAUGUUUUGGUAGCAUCAACAUAUGUCCAUAUGAAGUCUGAAAGCAAGUUUGCAAAGUAUGCAUCAGAUCUGUCGACAGUGUGUCCCCGUAUCUUGCUCUCUGGGCCAGCUGGCUCUGAGAUAUAUCAGGAAGCUUUAGCAAAAGCGCUUGCGAAAAAUUAUGGGGCCAAAUUGAUGAUUGUUGACACACUCUUAUUACCUGGGGGACCAACAGCUAAGGAAGCAGAUUCUUCCAAAGAUAGUUCCAGGCGUGAAAGAUUGACUGUGAUUGCUAAACGAGCCGUACAGGCUGCACAUGCUGCUGUCAUGCAGCAUAAGAAACCAACUUCAAGUGUUGAGGCUGAUAUCACAGGUGGAUCAACAUUGAAUUCUCAGGCUGUUAUGAGGCAAGAAGUGUCAACCGCAACCUCUAAAAGUUACACCUUUAAAACUGGUGAUCGAGUGAAGUUUGUAGGCCCUGCAACUUCUUCAGUUACUUCUUUCCAUACCGCACAUAGUGCUAUUCUAUCUAGGGGACCGACAACAGGUUUACAGGGCAAAGUACUCCUUGCGUUUGAAGACAAUGUAUCUUCAAAAAUCGGGGUUAGAUUUGAUAGACCGAUAGUAGAUGGCAAUGAUCUUGGUGGUCUAUGCGAAAAGGACCGUGGUUUCUUUUGUACUGCUACUUCACUUCGGUUAGAUAGUUCUUCCAGUGACAAUGCUGAUAGACUUGCCAUUAAUGAAAUCUUUGAGGUGCUUACUAAUGAAAGUGAAAAAGGAUCACUGAUAUUGUUCUUGAAAGACAUUGAUAAAUCUGUGUCGGGGAACACGGAAGUAUAUGUAACUUUGAAGAGCAAGCUUGAGAAAUUACCGGAGAAUGUUGUUGUCAUAGCCUCGCAAACCCAAUUGGACAACCGAAAGGAGAAAUCCCAUCCUGGAGGUUUCUUGUUCACAAAGUUUGGCAGCAACCAGACAACAUUGCUGGAUCUUGCAUUUCCGGAUAAUUUUGGUGGUAGACUGCAGGAUAGGAACAAAGAAAUGCCUAAAUCACUGAAACAAAUCACUAGGCUAUUUCCUAACAAAGUGACCAUCAAGUUACCUGAUGACGAAGCUUUGCUGUUGGACUGGAAGGAGAAACUCGAACGUGAUACAGAGAUCCUAAAGGCUCAAGCUAAUCUUACCAGCAUCCGUGCGGUUCUUAGCAAAAACCGUCUGGAGUGCCCUGACAUCGAAACCUUGUGCAUCAAUGAUCAAUCCCUUCCGACUGAUAGCGUGGAGAAAGUGGUUGGCUGGGCUUUCAGUCACCAUCUUAUGACCUGCUCAGAACCGACGGUCAAAGACAACAAGCUUAUCAUCUCUGCCGAAAACAUCACAUAUGGUCUGCAGGUGUUGCAUGGGAUUCAAAACGAAAACAAGAGCAUAAAGAAAUCUCUCAAAGAUGUUGUUACUGAGAAUGAAUUCGAGAAGAAGCUACUAUCAGACGUCAUUCCUCCAAGCGAUAUUGGUGUUUCAUUUGAUGAUAUUGGGGCGUUGGAAAAUGUGAAAGAUACCUUGAAGGAGUUGGUGAUGCUUCCUCUUCAAAGACCUGAAUUGUUUGGCAAAGGCCAGCUUACAAAGCCUACAAAGGGUAUACUGUUGUUUGGACCGCCUGGUACAGGGAAGACGAUGCUGGCAAAGGCAGUUGCAACUGAGGCUGGUGCAAACUUUAUCAAUAUUUCAAUGUCCAGCAUUACUUCGAAGUGGUUUGGUGAGGGAGAGAAGUAUGUAAAAGCCGUUUUCUCCUUAGCAAGUAAGAUAGCUCCGAGCGUCAUCUUUGUUGAUGAGGUUGAUAGCAUGUUGGGAAGAAGAGAGAAUCCAGGAGAACAUGAAGCUAUGCGUAAGAUGAAGAACGAAUUCAUGAUUAAUUGGGACGGCUUGCGCACAAAGGAUAAAGAACGAGUUUUAGUGCUAGCUGCUACCAACAGGCCAUUCGACCUUGACGAAGCUGUGAUUAGAAGGCUUCCCCGAAGGUUGAUGGUUAAUCUGCCGGAUUCAGCAAACAGAUCGAAGAUCUUGAGCGUAAUAUUGGCAAAAGAAGAGAUGGCAGAGGACGUAGAUUUGGAAGCUAUAGCCAACAUGACAGAUGGGUACUCUGGGAGUGACUUGAAGAAUCUUUGCGUGACCGCAGCACAUCUACCUAUCCGAGAGAUAUUGGAAAAAGAAAAGAAGGAGAGAAGUGUAGCUCAAGCCGAAAACCGACCAAUGCCGCAGUUAUAUAAUAGUACAGACAUCAGACCCUUGAACAUGAAGGAUUUCAAGAGCGCACAUGAACAGGUGUGUGCGAGUGUGUCGACUGAUUCAUCGAACAUGAACGAGCUUCAGCAGUGGAACGAGCUAUAUGGAGAAGGAGGUUCAAGGAAGAAGACGUCACUCAGCUACUUCAUGUAAAGAGAAAAGAGAGCUGAGGCAUGGAGGUUGCUUUUUGUUUUUCCCUUUAUUAUCCAUAUUAAAAACUCUCGUUGAUCCUUUAAGAGAGAGAAGAAUCCUCUUGAAUGAUCUAAAAAAUGUUUUGUUCGCUCAUAACAAAAAAAAAAAGAGAAACAUCGGAUGUGCAAUCUAUUUACAUGCUUAAUGAUGCUUAAUGAUGUACGCUGAACUAUGUAUAUAGAGAAGGUGUAGGUAUUUAACUAGUUAUUUUGUUA